GUACGCACUUUGCGUUUUUGUCUGAAAUUGAUCUUAAAAAAACCGUAUGAAUAUUCCCAAUCCAACCCAAAACUUUAUGUGGUUCCCAAUCUUCUAUUCACUUUUCUCACCCAAAAAAAAAAAGAAAAAAGAAUAAUAUACCUUAAAUUUUAACUAAAAACCAAUCUUCCAACCCGUUUGCUGUCUCUUCACUCUUCAGCACCAAAGUUUAGUUUAUUUAUUUAUUUUAUUCUUUCUCUCUAGAGUUCUAGACCCAUGAACUUAAUACACACAAAUUAUGUUAACACAGUCCCUUUCUCUACUAAUCGCACCAACUACUAUGUCUAUGUGCCAUCACAAACUCUACCUCGCAAGAAGAAAUCGAAACACUUGCAAGUGCGACUCUCAAAUUCCGCAGCCGAUGGUUCCGUAAACGGCACCGUACCGAGGAGGAGCUUAGCCGCUUUGCAAUCAGCCAAAUCCAGCAGUGCCUUGGAGCAACUCGAUAUCGAGCGCGGCGUUUGUGUGCCAUUUCGCAAGUACUCUCCUGAAACAGUGAGGAAUAAAGUAUUGGAAUCCAGAGGGGCUAUUUUCUCGCUAAUUUCGCGUGGUGUGGAGAUAGUGUGGAGUUUGGGAUUGUACUGGUCUGCCUUGGUGUAUGAUUUCUUGGUUGGAAGAGAUGAAGAGGUUGUUCCCUUUCGUGCUCGGCAGCUUAGGAAUCUCCUCUGUGAUUUGGGACCUUCUUUUGUCAAAGCCGGCCAGGUUCUUGCAAACAGACCUGAUAUCAUCAGAGAAGAUUAUAUGAAUGAACUUUGCAUUCUUCAAGAUGAUGUUCCUCCUUUCCCCAAUCAGGUUGCUUUCAACAUCAUAGAAGAGGAAUUGGGCCAACCACUUGAAGCUGUUUUCAGUAAAAUUUCAUCACGGACAAUAGCAGCUGCAAGUUUGGGUCAAGUUUACCGAGCUACUUUACGUGACUCUGGGGAGGAAGUUGCUAUUAAGGUUCAAAGGCCUCAGAUAGAGCCUAUAAUUUAUCGGGAUCUUUUUCUAUUUCGCAAUCUUGCUUCACUUUUGAAUGGCAUCAGUCUACAGAAACUGGGGUGUAAUGCUGAGCUGAUAGUUGAUGAAUUUGGCGAGAAGCUUUUGGAGGAGCUUGAUUACACCUUGGAAGCCCGCAAUAUUGAGGAUUUUCUUGAGAACUUCAAAAAUGACCCCACUGUCAAAAUUCCUCGGGUUUACAAGAAGCUUUGUGGGUCACGUGUUCUGGUUAUGGAAUGGAUUGAUGGCAUCCGGUGCACUGAUCCACAGGCUAUUAAGGAAGGUGGCAUUGAUGUAAAUGGGUUUUUGACAGUUGGAGUUAGUGCUGCUUUGCGGCAAUUAUUAGAAUUUGGGUUAUUUCAUGGAGAUCCACACCCUGGAAAUAUUUUUGCUAUGCGUGAUGGACGUAUUGCAUAUGUGGACUUUGGAAAUGUUGCUGUGCUUAGUCAGCAAAACAAACAGAUCUUGAUUGAUGCUGUUGUCCAUGCUGUAAAUGAGGACUAUGUGGAGAUGGCAAAUGAUUUCACCAGGCUUGGCUUCCUGGCUCCCGGAACUGAUGUCUCUCCUAUAAUUCCAGCUUUAGAAGCAAUUUGGCAGAACUCUGCUGGAAAAGGAGUCUCUGAUUUUAAUUUUCGAAGUGUUACGGGUAAAUUUAAUCAAUUGGUUUACAAUUAUCCCAUCCGAAUCCCGGAGAGGUUUUCUCUUGUUAUCCGUUCUUUAUUGACACAAGAGGGAAUCUGUUUUACUCUAAAGCCAGACUUCAAGUUUCUGGAGGUUGCCUAUCCAUAUGUGGCAAAGCGCCUUCUAACAGACCCAAAUCCUGCUCUACGUGAACGCCUCAUACAGGUUCUAUUUAAAGAUGGUAUUUUCCAGUGGAAACGGCUCGAAAACCUUAUUGUUCUUGCUAAGGAAAAUGUCACCAAGAUGAGCAGCAACCCUGCAUUGCAAGUAAAGGAAAUGCAAGGUUCAAGAGACUGGCGAGUUCAAAGAAAACUAGAUCUCACAGAUACCAUCAAAGAUGGAGCUCGCCUUUUCCUUAUUGAUGAAGGAAUCCGCAGACAGCUUCUUCUUGCAUUGACUGAAGAUUCAAAGCUUCACAUCCAGGAGCUCGUGGAUGUCUAUAGGCUGCUUGAAAACGAUGUAGAUGUACCGUCAGUAGCCUUGGAAGUAGCACGAGAUUUUCCAACCGUUGUCCGGGAUCUCAUGCUUUCCUGGAGUGAGUCAAUCUUGGCUGAUAGAUAAUUAAAAAGCUUUUGAGCAGCUGCGUAGCAACUAGCAAUACAGAUCUUACUUAUUCAGAUGCUUAUAUCAUAGGAUGUCAACUUUACAUCGUUUUUUAUAUAGGAAGAGCUUGUUGUUUCAAGUUGUACAGGCCAAGCAAAUGUUGUAACAUUAAAAACUUCACUGCCUCUGUAUACAAACCAUUGUUUAUAUGAAUAACCAAAAUAGACUUUUAAUUUUGAAGAGCAAAUUAAAGUCUCAAAGGAAAAACAGCUCUUUUAAUAAGUUGGCCUUUCUCAGA